AUGAGCAAUGUGUAUACAAUUAAAGUAGUUUUGAAUGGUGCAGAACAUGGAUAUUUGGAAUCAACAAAGGUUUUGGCAAAACAAUAUCUGUCUAUACCAUUGCAAAUUCCGUCAGAUGGAACAACUUCCGAUGGUGUUGCGUACAAAUACAAUGCCAAUGAUUAUAGCGUCGGUAAUCUCGAUAGAGACGGAAAAGCUGAAGUAGCAUGCAAAACUGCUGAUGGGACUAGAGAUGGUAUCAAUGUCGUCAUUGGUGAUCCAUAUUCAGACUAUCGAAAUUCAAGGGACUAUAUCCUUACUGGUUCCGAAUAUUUAACUGUAUUCAAUGGUGAACCUAGAAGAGUCAUGGCUACAGUGGAUUUUGUACCUGCUCGUAGUACUGUGGCUUCAUGGAGUGAUAAUUAUGGGAAUCAUGUUAAUUGUUUUGUCGCAGCUGUUGCUUAUGUUGAUGAUAGAAGAUCAAGUUUAAUCAUGGACCGAGGAUAUUAUACUCGACAUUUGAUAGCUCAUCAUCAACACUUGGAAAAGAGCAAAUAUGCCAGUCAAGGAAAUCGUCAAAUGUCAAUCGGAGACGUAGACGAAGAUGAGAAAGAUGAAAUAUGUAACGGUGCUAGUGCUAUCGAUGAUGAUGGAAGGGGUUUGUAUGCCAAAGGUAAAGGAUAUGGUGAUGCUCUUCAUAUGACGGAUAUAGACCCUGAUAGACCUGGACAAGAAGUAUGGCAAUGCUAUGAGAGCACAGGACUCUAUGGACAAACUGGAUUAGCUUUACAUGAUGGUAAAACUGGUCAAAUUCUUUGGGUAUACCAACAAUUGGAGAUAUAG